UCCAACAUCUAAAGUUUAUAUCCCAUUCUUAAAAUUUUUGAUGUUUUUGCUAAUAAUUUGCGGUAUGUUUUUAUCUAUUAUAUAGUACUAAAAUUAUAUGAUUUAAAUAUAUUGUUUUAUUAGUAAAAUUUUGUUCUUUCAUUGACAUUUUUAUGUAGAUAUGGACGACAUACAAUGUCAACUUGCCGGUCUGAUGAACGUUGCUAUGCUCACCCUCAAGACACUCAUUGAUCCAGUCGCGUUUGGACGAAACUAGAUUUUGCAGACAAAAAAGUAUCGGUAUGUUGAAACGAUUCUCGUAUUUUAGAAAAAUUUAGGGAUGAUACCGUGGAGCAAAUCUUAAGAAGUCCUGGGUUUUAUGGGGCACAUCCGGUGCACCCCAUGAAAAUAGACCAUAGUUUGAUUCUGGUUUCAUUGAAAGGUGGAGGCCCGAAGUGCAUGCAUUUCAUUCUCGUUUGCUGGACUUGGUAUUACUUUAUAGGAUGUUGAAUGUUUAAUGAGUUUAAGAAUGGGCUGGGACCUGUAGCUUUUGAGGAAGUGGUUAAUUCGAAUACUUAUGUUGAACUUUUUCGUGAAGUUAUUGGAUUCCAAAUAAUGGACUAUCAUAUGAUGGUCCAUGAUAUAGUUAAAUCUGACUUGUCCAAUAUGAUGGUCCGUGAUCUAAAAGCCAAUAACUUCAUUAAAAAGUUCAACAUAGGUAUUCGGAUCAACCAUUUCCUCAAAAUUACAGGUUCCCCAUCUCUUUUUAAACUCAUUAAACAUUCAACAUCUUGGAAACUGAUACCAAGUCCACCAAACGGGAAGUAAAAUGCAUGCACUUCGGGCCUCCACUUUUUAACGAAGACGAUAACCAAACUAUGGUCUAUUCUAAUGGGGCGCACCUGAUGUACCCCAUAAAAUCCAGACCUUCUUAUAUUUUUCUCAAUGCGAUCAUCCCUAAUUUUUUUAAAAACACAAUAAUCGUUUCGACAUACUGAUACUUUUUUGUAUGCAAUGCCCGGUUCUACCCAAACACAUCUGGAUCGAUGAGUGUCUAGGAGGGUGAGCAUAACGUCAUUCAUCAGGCCAACAAGUUGACAUUGUAUGUCGUUCAUGUUUACAUAAAAAAUGAAAUAACAAAAAUUUACUAAUAGAAAAAUCUAUUUAAAUCAUAUAAUUCUAAUACUGGAGUACUAUAUAAUAAAUAAAAAUAUAUUGUAGAUUAUUAGCACAAAAAAUCGAAAAUAUUUAGAAGUAGUAGAAACUUUAGAUGUUGAAUGUGAAGUGGUGUUCAUUGAACCCAAUUUUUAUAUUAAAAAAUUACAACAAACCGUGUUCGCCGAACACGGGUUUUACUUCAGCAGCGCUAAGUGAACCUGCAGAGCUUGAGAUAGAGAUCAGAGAGGGGGACAAUAGGCUUUUCCUUAUGUUUUGAAGAACUCCAGAUUUUUUUGUUAAAUUUAAAAUGCGAAAAAAAUUAAAAAAUGAGGAUAGAAUGAGGAUGAGACAUUGACACCUCUUGAAUGGUGAUGAGAUGGUGAUGAAAUAAGGAAAGGUUAUGUUUAGCUGAGUUGGAAGUAAGGAAGGUGAGGAUGGUGAUGUAGUACCCAAAAGCCUUAUCAUUAAUUGCUCCCAAAUACUCUAUCAUUUUCUACUCCGUAUUCAAUUUCAUUAUAAAUAGGAAAUUACGAGGUAAAUUUUCUUGUUUUUAAAAAUAAUUUUAUUUAUUAAUCAGUACAUAGAUAAGAAAUAAAAAAUAUAUAUUAAAAACUACGUCAAAAGUUAUACAAAACAUGAUGUGUCAAAAAUAUUUUAUUUUAUCAAAUACUCAAUGCAAAUAUACAAAUAAACAAAAAUUAUCGACAUGAGAGAAAAAAGUUGUAAUCUAAUUCGAGACGGAGUAAAUAGUUUUUUUCUGUUUUUUAACGCCUAGUUUUCCGUUCAAACCAAUUGGAAAAGAAAAAUAUCAAUCCAAAAAUCAUUUGAAGUAAAAUACUCAAAUUUUAUUCCACAAAAAAUGAAACAUUUAAAAUAGAAAUCACUCUAGUGGAAAGUCACCCAAACGGAAUCUAAAAUGAUCCAAAAAUUAAUCAUAUCCAAAGUUAACCCGAGCUGAAUGAUCCGAUCCGAUUGGUUCUACUCAUUUACUUCUGGGGGUGCACUGACCGGAGGGCAAUUCCGGCACCGGCCAUUUCGUAAACCCUUCGCAAAUGGCCUCUCUGCUAUCUUCUUCUUCAUCUCUCCGGCACUUCCCUCCCAAACCACCACUAGCGCCACCGUGCUCAGCCGGCGCUCUAUUUCUCAACCUGCCGCGGCAAAGCCGAACUCGUUUCAAAUGUUCGGCCAGUCAGUCUGGGUUCUUCGGCAAACUCGGCAGGCUGAUCAAAGAGAAGGCGAAGAGCGACGUCGAUAAACUGUUCUCCGGAUUCACCAAAACCAGGAAUAAGAUGGCCGUCAUAGACGAACUUCUCCUCUACUGGAAUCUCUCCGACACCGACCGCGUAUUGGAUGAACUGGAAGAGGCUUUGUUGGUGUCUGAUUUUGGGCCAAAGGUUACAAUAAACAUUGUAGAAAGUUUGCGAGAUGAUAUAUAUGCAGGCAAGCUAAAAACAGGAAGUGAGAUAAAGGAUGCUUUGAAGAAGGGUAUCUUGGAGCUUUUAGCUAAGGCACCUAAAACAGAGCUCCAACUAGGCUUCAGGAAACCUGCCGUGAUCAUGAUUGUGGGCGUCAAUGGAGGUGGAAAGACAACGUCUCUUGGAAAGCUGGCCAAUAGAUUGAAGAAUGAAGGAGCAAAGAUAUUAUUGGCAGCUGGUGAUACAUUCAGAGCAGCUGCUAGUGAUCAACUGGAGAUUUGGGCCGAGAGGACUGGUUGUGAUAUUGUUGUUGCUGAAUCAGAGAAAGCCAAAGCUUCAUCAGUUCUUUCUCAGGCUGUUAAAAGAGGGAAAGAAGAAGGUGUUGAUGUUGUUUUAUGCGACACAUCUGGACGUUUGCAUACUAAUUAUAACUUGAUGGAAGAACUAGUUGCAUGCAAGAAAACUAUUAGCAAAAUUGUUCCAGGUGCACCCAAUGAAAUUUUGCUAGUGCUGGACGGAACAACAGGUUUAAAUAUGCUCUCACAAGCAAGAGAGUUCAAUGAGGUUGUCGGGGUGACGGGUUUAAUACUGACAAAACUUGAUGGCACUGCAAGAGGAGGUUGUGUGGUUAGCGUGGUUGAUGAGAUAGGCAUUCCUGUAAAGUUUGUAGGUGUCGGUGAAGGAUUAGGCGACCUCCAACCAUUUGAUGCCGAGACAUUUGUAAAUUCGAUUUUCUCUUGAGGCAUUGGGUUAUCAGUGAAACAUACUUAAACAGGAAAAAAAACCCUUCGGUUGAGCACUUGGGCCUUUAGCCAUAAAGUUUGACCGUGUUUGAUAUUACCGGUCACCAAUUGUAGGGGUAAGGUCUGCAUACAUACAUUCUCCUCAGACCAUUUGUUGGUGUACCCUUUGGGUAAUUCUCAUUGCACAUCGCACCGGUUCAAUAUUGAUCCAUUCUCUUUCUCAGUUGGAUUAACGGCAUAGUGUUCCACCAGAUAUAUACAAUGAUAUGAACAAUAGAGGAAAUGUUUGUUUUGCUCCUUUAGCCGUUGUGUUUGGUUUUACCU